CUGCUCCCCCCGUGCUGAAAAGGGACAGGCUGCACGGCAGCCCCGGCAGAGAGAGGAAGCCAGCACAGACCAACCUCCUGCACCCACACCACAACAUGACUUUCACCAGGGUGCUGCACGUCGCGGCUCUGCUCCUGAUGCAAGGGGAUUUUCCAGGAGCUGGCAGUGAAACCGUAACUCUAAGGGAAGGAGAGGACCUAAAUCUCCGCUGCACCCUCAGCAGUGACGAGGGUUCUGCCCGGCAGUGGUUAAACCCUCACGGGUUUGCCAUUUUUCUAAACACCCAGCGGGCUUUAAGAGAUGAGAGAUACAAACUUAUCCGUUAUUCAAAGGAUGAAUUAUCAAUCCAACUAUCUAACAUAACAGUGGACGAUGAAGGCGUAUAUAAAUGCUUCUACUACGGCAUCCCCUUCAAAAGCAAGAACAAGACUGUUAAGGUAUUAGCUGCUCCUUCUAAUCCAGUGCUGGAAGUAUCCCGAGACACAGAAAGCAGCAUUACACUGUCCUGCUAUACCCAAGGAUGUAAACCACAGCCCCAGAUUACCUGGUUGUUGGACAACGGGAUAGAGCUCCCUGGUGACACUAAGCACAAGUUAGAAGCUAAUGGGAAGAAAUGGACCGCAACCAGCACGCUGACAGUCCUCGCCUAUGGGCCCAAUUCAACAGCCAGCUGCAUCGUCCGCCACCAGGCACUAAGAGAAGAGAAGCUGAUGGCAUCCUUCCGGUUUGAGGACCUCCCUAGGAUAGUGACAAAUACAAGUCCUGCACCAGCAGCACUAGAAGUGGAUACACAUGUGUCUGAGAAGAGGGAAUCUACAGUGACCGCAGCAGAGUCAGAUCUGAACAGCAGCACGGCCUCCGCUCCAAGCUACCCACAGCAUACUGGAUCCAAACAACCAACUGUCCCUUCUGCAGUACCAGAGGAUCCAGUAGUUACCAGCUCAGCGUCAACAGCAACCCAGCAAAACCUCCAACCUGAUGUCACAUCUACUUGGUCUGAAGUACCACCAGCUGCAGCAGGAAAGGAAGAAUUGGCUGGAUCGUCAAAUUACUAUGUCCCCAACGGGACUGAAACAGCAUUAAAUGGCAAUGUCACAGAAGAGGAACUUUCCAGGACAGAAGCCCCACUACCAAGUGAAAAUGUAACUGUGAUUUCCAUCAUCACCUUCGAGCAAGAUCUGAAGUCUGAAGGCAUCAAAAAGAGAGAGAGUAAUCUCCUGCUGCCAAUCUUGGUGGCUGCUCUGAUUUUCGUGCUGCUUAUCAUUGUCCUGCUUUUUAUGAGGAAGCUGAAAAAAGCUCAUGGAGUGUGGAAAAGAGAAAAUGAUGUUUCAGAGCAGACACUGGAGAGUUAUAAAUCCAAAUCUAAUGAAGACAGUCCGGGCCACGAGAAGAAUGGACAUGUUGUCAAUCAGAAGUCCAACGUGCAGUAUGUAACAGAAGGAUAUGUGGAAACAACCCAGAAGAAUCCAACAGACAAAAACAUUGCGAUCAGUGAGAAAUUGUUCAGAUGUGGAAAGGAAACAGAUGUGUAGCAAUGGCAAAUCUGUACAAUGGGCAGAAACACCACUGUUCCCUGAUAUUGAUACUACAGCACUCAGAUAUCAAUACGAUUUCAAGGAGCAGAAGUACAAACAGCUACCCUCAACCCAAAAGCCAACUGGGACUUUUCCUUAAACAGUGGGACAGGUAGAUGGGACCGGUGCUCCUAGAAACCUCUUAGCAAUGAACACACUGACUUACCUGUAAUCCUCAGGGGAGUUAACUAACCCCUGCCAGAAAUAGAGCUUCCCAUCUCGGGUCCCAUCAGCAAUUAGGGUCCUGGCAAGGGAACAUGCAACUAGCCCCAAGGACCACAGGAUAUGAAGAUAUUCAUGUGAUGCUUCGGCCAGCUCCUCCGCAAGCGUGGGAGCUGCAAACCAGCUGGGACUUGUAUUACCUCAUUUUUACCCCAAACCUGGACAAUCAGCUGGAUUUAACCAAGCAGGAAAGCACUCUGAUGUCCAAAAUGCUAAAAAAAAAGAAGGUUGUUCCCCCUUGCUAGGACUUUGCCGCGGUUCCUCAGCUGCACCAUGGUAACAUCACGCUCUGCUGUGCAAGACCGCCUCAGCACCAGUCUCCGAGGGGCUCUGACACCAAAGCAUGUGGGUGCUGCAGUCUCCCACACCGCCUCAGCUGCCAGGGGUGUUACUGAGAAUAUGGAAGUCUUCAAAGAAGGGGUUGGCAAAGGUGAAGAGGAUGCGCAAGGGACUCCCCAAAUCCAGGGACAAACUGCAAAUGGGCAAGCUAGGAGAAUC